CAAUAAAUAUGAUUACAUUAUCGCAUAUUGUUUGGGAUCAAUUAAUAGAUGUAGGAAUUAUGUUAUAUAUUUUCUAGAAAGAUAAGGUUGUUAGCAGUGAAUAGAAGCAUAUAAGUUAGAAGUCAGUACAGAUGAUGUCGUUUACUUAAUUUCAAAUAUUUUUUAUUAUUUUAAAAAAAUGGUUUGAUAGCUGAUAUGGCGAAUAAAAGACAACAGGAAAACUCCCAAGAAAGUGGUAUAGUUGAGGCGAAACGAGCGAAACUAGUUAAAUCUAUAACCUCGAGCGAUAGACCAGGCAAAAUUAAUAAAAUCCACCUGAGAAAUUUUAUGUGUCAUUCAUCUUUAAAAGUAGAUUUUAACAAGAAUAUUAACUUUGUAAUAGGCAGAAAUGGAAGUGGUAAAAGUGCUAUAUUGACUGCGUUAAUUGUGGUUUUAGGAGGAAGAGCCAGUAAUACUAAUAGAUCUACAUCAAUGAAAGAGUUUAUCAAAAAGGGCUGUGCCGCAACUACUAUAGAUAUAGAAAUAAAUAAUAUUGGUCCUUUCGCAUACAAAAAAGAUAUAUUUGGAGAUUCUAUAUUAGUGUCGAGACAAUUAAACUCAUCUGGAACAUCUAGCUUCAAAAUUAAAUCAGAUUCAGGAAACAUUAUAUCAACAAAAAAAUGUGAUCUACUUAAAAUUACCUCCCACCUUAAAAUAAUGAUAGAUAAUCCUUUGAGUGUUUUAACACAAGACACUGCCAGAACAUUCCUGAAUAGUUCAGAUCCUAAAAAGCGAUAUAUAUUCUUUACUAAAGCUACUUCUUUAGAUUAUAUUAAGGCUACAAUUCAGGAAAUAGUUGCAGUCAUUAGAAAGAGUAAUGAACAAAUGCAAAAAUACAAAGAGAAACAAGAAUCUUUGAAAUCCAGAGUGGAAGAAAUUCGAAAGCAACUAGCAAAAUUCAAAUCGAUAGACUCUUUAGAACAAACGAAAAAGAAUAUUGAAAUUGAAAUACUAUGGUCAAAUAUAAUGAAAAUUGAAAAAGAAAAGUCUUCUGAAUUGAUAAAAUUAGAAGAAAAACUCAAUGAGAUAGUAGAUAUGGAAAAACAAAUAUCUGAGGAAGAUAACAUAAAGAAAAGUUUAAAUUCAAAAAUACAAUCAUUUGUAAACAGCUUGAAAGAGAAGCAGAGUGAUACAGAAAAAUUAAGGUCAUUUUAUAAUGAAAUCAAAAUAAAUCUAAAAAGUGAAAAAGACGUAUACCAACAAAAGGCUGAAACUUUGAAACAGACUAAAGCUAGUCUAAUGAAAAUAAAUAACUCUCAAAAUAUAAUAAUGCAAGAAAUUGAAAAUAAAGAGAAACAAUUGAGCAUUUGGCAAGAGCUCAAAGAGCAAAAGGAGCAGAAAAUGAAAACUCUUUUAGCUCGAGAAGAAGAAUUGAAACAUUUCCGUCAAGUUACACAAGUGGAGUCAUCUACUUUUUUUGGAAAUAAUGCAAAGCUUCAGGAUGAUAUUGAAAGAAUAACCGUAAAAUUAAAUCAACUCAAUGGAAAAAUAAACCAAACUACUUCCAUUCUGAGACAGUUGAAUAAUCAAUCAUGUAAUGUACUAUCUUUAUAUGGAACACAUAUACCUGAAUUAUUAGAAAUGAUUAAGAAGGCACAUCAAGCAGGAAAGUUUACUGAACUUCCCAGGGGUCCUAUAGGGAGUUAUAUUAAAGUAAACAAUAAAGCUUGGGCAGGUGUGAUUGAGAAGACUCUUGGCGUCAGUUUUCUUAAAGGUUUUCUUGUGUCGAAUUCCCAAGAUGGACAAACUUUAGUCAAGAUUAUAAAAAAGUGUUUUCCCAGCACUCCACUACCUAUUAGAAUUUCAAGCAAGUUUAUUCACAAGGUGCAUGAUAUCUCAAGAAGUAAAGCACAUAGCGACAAAUCAAAUGGAAUCUUGAACUUCUUUGAUGCCAUAACUGUGUCAGAUCCAGUGGUUGCCAACUGCUUAAUAGAUCAACAUAAUAUAGAGCGACUUUUGCUUUUUGAAUCUGAAGAUAAGGCAAUGCAGUUUAUGUCUCAAGCAGAUAUGGUACCAAAGAACUCUAAAAUGGCAAUUCUGAAAGAUGGAACUAUUUAUUAUCCCGUUCCAAAUUAUAGAAUGUAUUAUGGAGAUAAACCGGCAUCACAUCUACUCGAGAUUAAUAUAAAGGGACGUCAAAUACAACUACAACAAGAAUUAGAAGAAUAUCAAGCAGAAGUUGCCAACUAUGAAUCAAAUCUGACGGAUAUAAAAAACCAAUGUAGUAUCGGUCAAAAAGAAGUUGCAAGGCUGAACAGCCAAAUAAAAGAAUAUGAUAAUGAAACAUACCAAAUACAAAAUAAGUUGCGAGAACUAAAAAAUGAAGAAGAACCCUCUGAAGGGAGCGUUUCGCUAUUAAAAGAAGAAUUUGACAUUUUAAGUAAGAAGGAAAAUGAUUUGAAGAAUUCUCUUCAUGAAAUUGAAGAUGACAUGAAAAGAGCAAAGUGUUGUAUUCAAGAACUUAAUGAAAAUAUAAAUCAGGCAAAAUCGCAAGUUCUGAAAUCUGAAGAAGCUUGCUUAUCCAUGCAGGAUAAAAUCGAUCAAUUAGAGCAGAGUAAAAGAACAAGCUCAAAGAAGGGCACUUUAGAGACAAAAAUUAAUACUGUCAAACAACAAUGUGAGGAAAUUAAAAAACAAGUCAAUUGCUUAGAAGAAAAAUUAAGUGAGCUAAUGAACGGGGUCGACGAAGCUACUAGGCCAUCUACUGUAAGAACAAUAGCAUACUUAAAUGAACAAUUGCAACAAAUUAAAUCAAGUAUUCGAUCUGUGAAUGCAUGUGCUCUUGAUCCAGCUAAAUUACAGAAAGAAUAUGAUGAAAAACUAAGCGAAUAUGAAAAAGAAAAAUUAAAUAAUGAAUCUCACCAAGAUGCCCUUAACGAGUUAACUGCAAUUGUAAACAUGAGGCAUAAAGUAUUUCUAAAAUUACGGGCGCAUAUGACGUCACAAGUUCAGCAGUAUUUUGCAUUUAUGCUACGAUUGCGUAAAUACCAGGGAAUCAUAAAUAUAAAUCAUGAGGAACAAACUUUAGAAAUUGAAAUCGACCCACAAUCAAAAAAUUCAAAAACCAAUGAAAAUCAAAACUCUAAAAAUAAAAAAACUUUGCGGGAUCUUCGUUCUUUAUCUGGUGGUGAAAGAUCUUACAGCACUGUGUCAUUUCUUGUAGCAUUGUGGAACUGUAUGAAUUUACCAUUUUAUUUUCUGGACGAAUUUGAUGUUUUUAUGGAUCAUAUCAAUCGAAAGGUAGUUAUGGAUGUAUUGAUUCAAAGCGCAAAUAGCAAUCUACAUAAACAAUAUGUAUUUUUAACACCCCAAGAUACUUCAUCUAUUACAGCCUCAGACACCCUCAAAAUUCACAAAAUGGCUGAUCCAGAACGUUAACGUGAAUCUAAUUUGAACCUAAUGAAAAAUAUACUCAACAUCAAAUAUACACUUUAUUUUUUUAAUCUUCACAACAUCUAUUGCACAGUGUACAAGAACAUUCUUUUGGCAUUAAUAUUAAUAAUGUGCAUUAG